AUGGAUUCUUUCAAUUCAUCGAAGAGAACCAGAGACGAAUUCGAAAGGGAUAAUCAACAUAAUGAAGUGGAUGUUGAUUCCAAAAAGCAACAUUUAGAUCCAACUACUGAAUUAGUUACAAAUGUUUGUAAAGAUAUUAGAAGAAUUGGAGAAAAUGCAAAUCUUACAAGCCAAAUUGACGAUAUUUCAUAUAUUUCGAACCCGAUAGUUGCAGAAUUCGAAAAGAUUGAUAAGUUGAGAGUUUCCAUCUUGAACACUUUAUACUCUAUUAUAAUUGAGCAACCCCAAAAGAUAACCUCAUUGAGUAUUUUAAUCUUGUUAUGUAACGCUAAAAAUUUCUUGGUCUCCAAAUACGUUAUAGAAUUUUUUCAUUCUAAAGCCCAAGGUUUAUUAGAUAAGAUAAGCGAAGAACAAGAAAAGAAGAAUGAAGAAAAUAAGGAUGAAGAAAUGAAAGAUGAAGUAGAUGAAAACGAAGGAAAAGAAAAAGAAAAAGAAGCGAAGGAAAUUAAGAAGGAAGAGAACAAGGAAGAAAUCCUUCAAGAAGAUGCAGGUGUCUUCAAUAAUUUAAAAUCAAUCUUGAAAUUCUUAGCUUGUUUGUCACCCAUAAUUGAUAACUAUUCAGUUAUUAAUGUUUUUAAACAGUUCUUGAAUUUAUCAAUAGACCUACAAAAACAAAGUGAAACCAGAAACGGAAUAGCUGAGGAAAUAUUUUAUAACACAUUAAUUUCAGUACCUUACUUAUUGAGUAAUGAUACAUCCGAGGAAGCAAUUAACCAUUGUAAUGAUUUGUUAGAAAUCGCAUCUAACUUUAGAAUUAAAGAUGGUGCUAAGACUAUUUCAUUAUUGCAACCAUUCGAUUCAAAAUUAAAUAAUUUUUCAGAUAAAUUACCAUACAACCCUGAAAAGAUGAUAAACGUAAUAUAUCCGUCAUUAGUCGCCUUGCAAGGAGAAGGCAAAGAUUGGGCUAAUUUGAAUGGUAAAUUGUUCUUGAAUUUCAAAGAAUUGAUUGAUCCUAUUAUUGAAACUUCAUUAAAGAAUAAUGUUAUUUCGAAUGAAAUUGUUAAGCAUUCUUUACCUCAAUUGUCUCUCCCUUCGGUUGGGACAUUAUCAACUUAUAAACCACAUGGCUUGAUUGAUAAUUUAUGGUAUAGAAAUACUAGAAUUUUAUUCCAAGUUUACAAUACUACGGAAUUUGAAACAGUUCCUGCUGUAAACUCUUAUUUCGGGUUGGUCUUUAAAGAUUUAGCUUUCGACAUCUUAACAAAUCUAUCAUUCAACAAGAACGAAACAGCAAUUCAAUUAUCGAUUUUAGAUCUUUAUUUCGCUAAGAACUUAUUUGCGCCAGCAGGGUCCUCCGUUGAUCAAUUGACGAUGAUUAAUAAUGAUAACGUCUCUGGCGAAAAUAAUCCACCAUUAUCUACAUGGAAAAUUGAAGAUAUUGCGGUUGAAAGUAUAUUAACAAUGAUUUUUCAAUUACCAAAUCCUUUGAAUUAUGAAAUCUAUUACUAUACUGUGUUAAUUGCUUGUUGUAGAGAAAGUCCUGAAUCUAUUGCACCUGUAUUUGGUAGAGCUAUUAGAUUUUUUUAUAACAAUUUAGAAACUUUAGAUUACGAAUUAAAGAUUCGUUAUUUGGAUUGGAUGACGAUUCAAAUUUCAAAUUUUGAGUUUAGUUGGAAGUGGGACGAGUGGGUUAAAGAUUCCCAGAAGUUUAAGAAUUUAAAAUAUCAUCCUAAAAAGAAUUUCAUUAAAAAUUUAAUAGCAAAGGAAGUGAGAUUAUCAAAUAAGAAUAGAAUCAAAGAAAGUUUCGUCACAGUUAAUCCAGAUCCUGCUGCAACCGAUAAAUUAAUUCUUUUAGAUGAGUUUUAUCAAUACUUGAAUAUUUCAUUAUUCCCUAAUGAAUCAAAAUACAUCAUUGAUUACGAUAAUGAAUUAUAUGGUAAUAAUGAUGAGCUCAAAGAAGUAUUGGCUAAGUUAGAGUUUGAAAGAAAGGAAAAACUAGCAAAUAAUUUAACAGUAUCUCCACAAGAAGAAUUGAUUUAUAAUUUCUCGAACUCAGGAUUACCUUUGCACGAGGUGUCCAAUAAGGUUUAUGAUUUAAUAAUAGCUAAUUGGAAACCAAACAGUGAGUUUUAUGAUCUAUAUAAAGAAAUAUCAACGAAUUUAGAGGAUUACGCUGCUAUAAAUUCAGACAAAUUCCUCAUCAAUUUGUUUUUCCAAACUUACGCAUACAUCGGAUCCAGAUCGAUUUAUUCUGUGGUUAGUUUAUUGUCAAGAGAUAUUAUCAAAUUGAAGUUUUUGAGUGGCGUGGAAAUAAAGGAUGAAAAUUAUCAAGCAAGUGAAUUUCAAUUUCCAGUCGUUGAAUUGACUGAAGAACAAUUUGAUAACAGACAGAAUUGGAUUAUUGAUUCUAUCUUCAGAAUUUGGGUCCAUCAACCUCAAGUAGUGUUUUUGAUUUUAGAAUACUUGAUUGAAUUUGAAGUUUUAAAGCCAAAGUAUUUGAUAGGCAAGACAUUAAAUUUGGCUUCCAACUUAAUCAUCGAAAAUGUUUCAUGUAUGGAAUCUGUCAAUAGAGUUUUGAUCAACUUUUCUAAAUCUUCCAAUGAUGAGUUCAAAAUUCUUGUAUUGAAGUUAUUUGAAUUAAUUGUUAAAAACUUGAACGAGAUAGCCAGUACUUUAGGAACUAAUACUUCGGAUGAAGUGUCAAUUCUCAAGGAUUUUAGUGAUGAAGAAUCUGAGGACAUAGAAUUAAUGAACAAAGUUGAUAAUCAGUGGUUAUUCUAUGAAUACAAAGGGCUUUUAAAGAGUUACUUACGGAAGUUCAGUAUUUAUAACUCUGGUUUCAUUGGCGAAAUUGAAGAUUUAUUUAAAGGCAUUGAAAACGAACCCGUUAGAAAUGAUACUUUGAACUGGUUAAAGGAAUUACAAUAA